CUAGGACUGUGUUGACGUCACGGAGUAGAGCCUCGGUACACAGGAGUUAAAUCCCUGUAGCAGAAAGGAAGUGCAGGGUCUGUCUGUCUGUCUUUCAGCAGGUUUAAGGACAUGGCGGUGAACGUCCGUCUCACAUCUGAUGAUAAAUACAAUCGAUUUGAGUUGCUGGCAUGGCUGAACGAGUCACUGCAAACAAAAUUCAACAAAGUUGAGCAAGUCUGCUCAGGGGCAGCCUUCUGUCAGAUGAUGGACUGGCUCUUCCCAGGGUCUAUAAACAUUAAGGAGGUUCAUUUUCAAGCACAGACAGAAACAGAGUUUUUCCAUAACUACAGCCUGCUGCAGACUGCUUUCAGAACAACUGGAGUAACAAAGUUGCUUCGGGUGGAGGGAUUAAUCCAAGGGAACUUUGAAGACACCUUCACAUUGCUGAAGUGGUUCAAGCUAUUUUUUGAGGCCAACUUCAAUGGGCAGAAGUACGAUCCCAUAGUGGCACGUGAGGGGAAGGUUAUACUGCCUGUGAAGUGCUUCCCUGCUUCUUCUCAGGUGUCAAGAGGUUUCAACAUUCCUCAGUCCGAAUCUGACUCAGAUGAGGACACUCCCAAAAAGACCAGCAGGAGAAAUCCCAAAAUGUUUCGUGACAUAUGGCUAGACAUGUUCCCCUGGGUGACUCGUAGUGACCGUGGAGAUGCCUAUGGCUACUGCCGGUGGUGUGACAUCAACAUCAACACUAGUUACCGUGGGAAAAGUGACCUGGCACGCCAUCAACGGAGUAAGCGGCACUGCCAGAAUGCGGAGAGAUCCACAGGCUUGGGCCAGAGUGUACUGGAGCCAGAAGUGGGAUCUUUGUUUAGUGCCAGCUUGUUGAGGUUUAUUCAGAAGCACCAUGCCAGCCUGGGAGCAUCGAGGAAGCCAUGGAGUGUGGGCAGGAUAUCACAACAUGCAGCCAGGGUUAUGAUGGGGAUGGACUACCCAAAGGACAUUGCAGCCGUUUGUUCACAGAUACCCUACUGUGUGUAUCUUUACCGUGGUGUGGAGCUGGGGAAGGACGAAACGGUCAGUGUGGUCCUCGUGGGUUAUUUCGAUGAGCAGACUGAAAGGAAGUGCAUCCGGCUACUUGACGCCAUUCAGCCCGUGGAGGACACCGAUGUUGCCGUGUUUGCUUGCCUAGUUGAAACCCUGAACAAGUUUGAGAUUUCGCUCCUCAACUUUGCCGCUUUUUAUAGCAAUGCGGAUGUCAAGUUUACCCAGCCGUUUUUCUCACGUCUUCAAAAGAUGAACCCUGAUAUGAUCUCCCUUUGUAGCUUGUAUAGCCUGGCCAAUCGUGCUUGUCAGUCUGGGUUCAUGGAGCUACCUCCCCAGGUCCAUGAGAUAAUUGUGCAUAUCUACCACCACUAUUCCACCUGUCCCACUACUAAUGACAGCCUGAAGGAGCUCUUUGUCAACAUGGGGCCAUUUGACCCUGCGCUGCCCAUCACAGCCCAGUGCCUGAUCCUCAGCAAGGUCGUCCAGAAGAUGAUUAACGUUUGGCCUGACCUUAUCUCCUACUUUGAGUCCUGCGAUGACAAGUGCAAAGAGGCUAAGCAGAUAUGCAAACUGCUGGAGGACCCCCAGCUGAGGGUGACAUGCAUGUUCCUCAGCCAUGCACUGGAGCCCCUCUCAGCCUUCCAGGAGAGGCUCCAUCACAGGGGGGUCACAGGCAAGGCAGACCUGGCCCAAAUACUGCUGGAUGCCAGCGGCCUCCUGCACUUGUAUGCGGCCAGAUUCCUGCGCCCCAAAGCCAUGGAGAAAUUUCUCAGUGGGCGCGACACCAACCUGCUGAGGAAUAAGAUGGGCCAUCUACCAGAGGGCGAAAUCAGUUUGGGUGCUGCGGCACAAGACUACUUAGCAGAGCAUGAGAAGAAACUGUCAGGCACCUUGGCCAGCUUUAUGGAAGACACCCGUGCUUUUUACACAGUGCUUACUGGUAGCAUUGCGGAGAGCCUCCCUCUAAGCGAUGCUGUCCUCAAGAACAUGUCUCUUCUGUUGAGUCCCAUGGAGAAGCUGAAUGUUACUGGCAAGAUGGUAGCAGACCUGGGCUCCCAACUAGGGCUCUGCAGAACCCCAGAUAAAGCCAGCCAGCUCACGGAUGAGUUCUUGGACUACCAGCUUUCAGAAAAUGACGAAGGGUCCCCCAUUGACAUCCACAGUUGCUCCUUUGAACGGCAGUGGGCCGCAGUUUUGAAGACCAUGGGGCAAAUGUCUGUCCUCCGAAAACUUAUCUUGACCCUUUUGGCUCUGCCCUGUCCACCUCUGGAAGCAGAGCGUGUGUUUGCUCAUGUGUUGGAAAAUGGCGACACUGCACAGCUGAAUGAGAGCAUGACGGAGAGCGAGCUGGACACUUCCCUGGUCCUGGACAUUACCAGCAACAGCGUGGACUCUGUGGAUGCAGGGCUCCCACCGUUUUCGGCCGGUGGCGAGAAUCAAACUAGGGGAACCUGCAGUCCAUCAGAGGUGAUUGACCUCGCAGAGAACGAGAUGGAGAACAUCCCCUGUGCUGAUACAGUUAGGGGCUCAAGAGGCUGGGAGAAAAGUCUGCGCCAGAAACCACUGGUUCGAAAAGUAUUUCAGGCUGGUGUCAGCACCUGGGGAAAGACACAAACUCCUGACAGGAAUAAGAGCCCCAAAAAGACUGUAGAGAGCCCUGUGGUGAAGAAAGACAAAGACACUUUAACUCCUCAGAGGCCACCAAAGAAGUCUUACCCAUACCUGGAUGGAAAAGGCUUUGCCAUAGGGGAGCUGGUGUGGGGGCAGGUGGAGGGAUUCUCAGUCUGGCCCGGCCAGGUGGUCAGCUGGAAGUCCAAGCAGGCUCCCCCGGCUGCGCGCAGGGUGAAGUGGUUCGGAGACGGAUUAUUCUCCGAGAUCCACGUAGAGGGGCUCCAGCCCUUUGCAGCUUUUGCGAAGAAUUUCUGCCACAGCUCCUUUGCGACUUUGCCCAUCUAUAAGGAUGCCAUUUUCCAGUCCCUCCAGUUGGCUGGAGAGAGGUGUGAAAAAACCUUUACAUCAGGACAGUCGGUCAAGAGGAAUGAGCAGCUGAGGCUGAUGUUGGACUGGGCUUUUGGUGGCUUCAAACCCACCGGACCAGAGGGGUUCAGACCUCUACCACAGUCAGAUGGUAAUCCUUGCAAUCAAACAGGGUUUUCUUACAAAGUGUUACAGACUGCCCUCAUAAAACACAAGUCUGUCCACGUGAAGCAUGAGUCUGUCAAUGGGAAGUCGGAGUCCGACAGUGAGAGGCAAGAGGCCAUCAAUGAGACGCAGGACUUUGCUAGCGAGAGGGAAGAUGCAGGGGAAACUCCUAUAGCUGAGUACCAGCCUCCGUCCAAGAAACAGAAGCAAGGCUGCAAAAACAAGGAUGGUGGCUGUAUCCCUGGGCAGGAGCGGGACCAUGACAGAGGGCAAAUGGUGCAUAAGGUUUUGGUUCAAGGAAAAAACAUUGAAGAUUUCUGCCUGUCUUGUGGAACUGAAGAGGUUGAGAUAUUCCACCCAUUGUUUGAAGGGAGUCUCUGUUUAAAAUGCAAGGAAAACUUCACAGAGACGCUGUACCGGUAUGAUGAGGAUGGCUACCAGUCCUACUGCACAGUGUGCUGCGCCGGCCUGGAGGUCAUCCUGUGUGGCAAUGACAGCUGCUGCCGCUCAUACUGCGUGGACUGCCUGAACACGCUGGUGGGCCGGGGCACGUUCGACGAGCUCAAAGAGGUGGACCCCUGGAUCUGCUACCUGUGCCUCCCCUCCCAGCGAUACGGCGUGCUCACGUGCCGGCCCGACUGGAGCAUCCGCGUGCAGGAGUUCUUCGCCAACAACAGCGCCAUGGCGUUCGAGCCUCACCGCGUUUACCCAUCAAUCCCUGCCAGUCAGCGGCGCCCCAUCAGGGUCCUCUCUCUCUUCGAUGGAAUAGCCACAGGCUAUCUGGUGUUGAAGGACCUGGGAUUUAAGGUGGACAAAUACAUUGCAUCUGAGAUCUGUGAGGACUCCAUCACCGUGGGAGCGGUCAAUCACGAGGGCAAGAUUGUGCACGUGAACGACGCACGAUCCAUAACGAAGAAGCACAUUGACGAAUGGGGUCCAAUUGAUCUCCUCAUCGGGGGAAGCCCAUGCAAUGAUCUAUCUAUUGUUAAUCCUGCUCGGAAGGGCCUUUAUGAGGGCACGGGCCGGCUCUUCUUCGAAUACUACCGGCUGCUGAACAUCCUGAAACCCAAAGAGGGUGAUCAGCGGCCUUUCUUCUGGCUGUUCGAGAAUGUGGUGGCCAUGGGCCACCGGGACAAGCAGGACAUCUGCCGCUUUCUGGAGUGUAACCCGGUGCUGAUUGAUGCUGUUAAAGUGAGUCCUGCCCACAGAGCCCGGUACUUCUGGGGCAACCUGCCCGGGAUGAACAGGCCCAUCAUCGCCUCUCUGAGUGACAGGCUCCACCUUCAGGACUGCCUUGAGACUGGACGGGAGGCCAAGUUCACCAAAGUGCGUACGAUCACCACUCGGACAAACUCCCUCAAGCAAGGGAAGUCUGACAUUUUCCCUGUCAGCAUGAAUGGAAAAGAGGACAACUUGUGGAUCACAGAGCUGGAAAAAAUCUUCGGCUUCCCGAAGCAUUACACUGACGUCAAUAACAUGAACCGGUGCCAGCGUCAGAAGGUGCUGGGUCGCUCCUGGAGCGUCCCUGUGAUCCGCCACCUAUUUGCACCCCUAAAAGACUACUUCGCCUGUGAAUAAGGAUCACCCCCCCCACACACACACCACCGCCACCCCCUUCACAUCGGGGUGAGUUGCUUGGCAACAGCAAGUCGGAUUUGGGGGGAAGGGUGAAAAUGAGGUGGUCAGAUGUACAACGCCCCCUCCCUUUCAGUGCAGUGAAAUGAUCUGAUUUUAAA